AGUCUGAAUGAUAGUGCCAAAAACCGCUCCCACUUUGCCAUGGCCGGUCAGUUGAUUUCCGACAACGGGGCGAUAUCGACGACUAAGAGUAAGACGCGUCAUCGCGAACAAGAGCAUCGGGGAAUUACGCAAGAAUUUCACGAUUUUGGAUUAUUGGCAGAUUGUGGCGGUGUUUGGGAUCAGCGUCAGUAAGAAGUGUGUGAAUCGGUUGUUGCAAAUGCAACCGGACAAGUGUGUUCUGAUAAAGUGUGAAGCGAAGUGUGAAUAAUCGGGCUGAAAGGAUGGCCGUUACGGGUUGUGUGAAUGAUCGGACUAGAAGCAGGUUCGGUGGUAGAAGUUCGUUUACUUUGUGGGGAAAUACGGAAAACGAAGACGCUGAAGAUGGUGGAAUAGUGCUAGAAUGCGAAGAGGAUGGUGAAGUGCCGCCAGCGAGGUGGGAACUGAAGAAUCGCGAGUGUAAGUGGAGAAAAGGGUUGAGGUCUAACCGACAGAUCUACAAGAUCAACGGAGCGGAAGGUGGUUGUAGCGUUCGGCAGCAGCGAAGAGAGAAACUGAAACUGAAGGGAAGAAUGGUGGGUGCCAUUGGGAUCUAUGCGAGCAGUCGGUGUGGAGUUGGUGCGGGACCGUUCGGUGGCGAUGUGAUGGCAUAUCAGGCCAUUCCCGACUGGUGGCGGGGGAGUUCCGAAGGGAUUGAUCGCUGUCCGGGGAAGCACAUUAUGCCUCUACAGCUGCGAGCCGUUUCUAGUCCAUCACUCACAGAACCAACGCCACCAGCGGGGACGGUUCUCCCGCAUCCGGACGAGCAUCACCAUGUGACCAAAACCGCAGAUCCUCGAACUGUGGCUUACAUCCACAGCAACCAUCAUCAACAACAACAACAGAAGACUGCAUUGCUGAGUGCCAAUCAGAAGAAUCUACAUCACUCGCAGCAAGCUUCCGAAAGCGUGCUGCAAAAGUUCAAGAAAACCUUUUCCCAGUUCAAGCCGGCGGCCAAAGGCAUACCCCCAGUGCUGGCGGCAUCCGCCAACAGUAAUAGCCUAAGUAGUAGUAGCACCAGCAGUACCAGUAAUAAUAGCAACCAUCCGCAUCAUCUGCUAGUCAACAGCAGCGGUAACGGGAUGAGCGUGGACGGAAGUCAAGAUCGGCCAGUUCUGCCGCCACCACCGCCUCAACAACAGCCGCAGCAAACGAGUCAUCACCAUCACCGGUUCGGUCCGUUGAUAUGGCGAUCGAGCAAAGAGCGGCGAAAAACCAAGUCCCAUCGGAGGGACAAGUGCAACAGUGGCGAUUCGGGAAUCCAGGUCGAACUGGACGUGGACGAGCAGCUGCUGCCGGAGGCGGCUAUUGACGGGACGGAUUCUAUUUCGUCCCACUCCGUGACGGUGCGGCGAGUCAACUCCGCAAAAGUGUCCAGCUCCGGAGCGUCAGCGGGAGCUCCAUCGCUCCUCAAACACAAACUAUCGCUCAAAGGCAGCAACAAAGAAAACGUGGCCAACAUAUCACGACUGAGCGGUGGUAAAUCGCGCAGUCAACCCUCCGGACUGGACCGUCUGGCCGGAGCAGCGGACAACGAUGCCCACCUCAGUGGGUCGGACAGUGACGACGACGACGAUGACGACACCGAAGGAGCGGAUCAACGACGGAACGACCCUCGACGGGGAAUCCGCGAGUUGGAACCGGUCUUUGCGGAAGUCCUGUUCUCGUUCCGACCUGUGGGUCCCCAGGAACUGGCCCUGGAGAAGGGAGCUCUGGUGGAGGUUCUGAGACGAGAAGCGGGUCCCUGGUGGUGGGGCCGAAUCAAAUCCGAUGCCAUUCUGUCCGACGAGAGGCGGGAAGAACACGACCGAGCCGCGGACAACUCCGAAUGCGGAUGGUUCCCGGCGGACUUCGUUAAACUGUUACCUACGUACAAUAAGUCAAAACAGAUCAUCAUCAUCAACAAUAGCAAUAGUGGGCUCGAAGAAGCUGGGGGGAUUCAGGACGGCGAGGGGGAUCUGGGAAAGAACUGUGAUAUGCUGCAGGAUGGCGGCGUUGCGUCGACGCUGCCAACGGAACUCGACGGAGCUUCGACGCCGAGCGAGUCGGCACUGGGCGGUGCUAGUCAGGAGCAAACGAAGGAAAACGUGAUCAAGGAACUGCUCGAAACGGAGAUCAACUUCGUCAAGCUGCUCAAUUCGCUUUGCUUAGGAUACAUCAAACCUCUUCGGGAACGCGAGGACGUUUUUCCGGCGGAGAGUGUGAACAUUAUCUUCUCGAAUCUGGAGAAAAUCUGGCGGUUUCAGCAAACGUUUCUCGAUGCGCUUCGGAUAGCGGUGCCAAACAAUAGGAUUGGCGAAGUGUUCCUUGAAUAUCAAUCGGCAUUUAUGAUCUACUCGGCGUAUUGUAAUUCGUACCCGCGAGCUCUGAUGGAAUUGGAGAACUUCACCAACAACAAGGAGGCGUGCACCAUCCUGGAGAGCUGUCGCGUGUCGCAGAAUCUCCCGGAGUUGCCACUGUCGGCGCACUUGUUGGCACCUAUCCAGCGGAUCUGCCGCUACCCGUUGCAUCUCAGUGAACUAGUCAAGCAUACGCCCACCCGGAAAGAACUGCUUCCGUUGCUAAAUCUGCGCAAGUGCACCAAGUCCGAUCUGGAAACCAUGGACUGCCGGGAGGUGUUCGAGCUGGCCCUGACCGCGAUGAAGCGCGUGACCGAGAUGGUCAAUGAAGGCAAACGCCACAGUGAGUACCUAUCCCGAAUGCAGUCCCGCUUCGAGAACUUCCAGGGCCCUUCGAUCAACGUCCACAGCACCAGAUUGUUCCUACAAACCGAUGCCAUUCGGAUGACGCCAAACCUCUGGAACAACACCUAUACGCUGUUCCUGUUCGACCGGCAGCUGAUAUACUGCAAGAAGGAUCUCCUCAAGCGGACCAACUACAUCUACAAGGGUCGGAUCUUCCUGGACAACUGCCGGAUAUUGAACCUCCCGGAUGGGAAAAUGUUUGGAGUUACGCUGAAGAAUGCCCUGCGGUUGUACUGUGAUACUCGGAACAAGUGGUUCGAUUUCUGUUUCCGGAGCAGUAGCAGCAAGCUCCGGUUUCUGAACACCCUCUCGGCGGAACGGCAGUUCUGCGGCGAGAGCUUGUUCGUGUCUGAGUUGGAUGGGGCGUGCGUUGAUGACGACAACCUAUCGGAUCGUGAGUAUUUCCCUUUCACGGAUGAGAAGGAAGGCUGCAGCAAUACGGACACGGAAACCAGCAAUGGCACAGAUCUUACGGACAGUAUGCAGUUCCUACUUGGAAACAUGUCGCAAAGUGCCAGAACCAGUAAUAGCAGUGUGCUCAAAGAAUCUCCCACAAAUAUAGGCGGUAAGCAGUCGGGUAAUACCCUUCCGAAGAAGUCUCGAAAAUCAUCCAAAGAACAGCAACAGCAGCAACAGGUAGAAUAUAAUUCCCACUCCCUCGGCCGGCGGAAACUGGGCAAUUGGUUCCGUAAGGCUAAGAGUACCAACAGCACUCCGUCCCAGAGCCCGACCCAUCAUCCGAUGGCGCUUUCACUAGCCGCCGUCAACCAAGCCGGUGCGUCGGAUAGCUCCUCAGCCAGCAGUCCGGGCCUGGGAUACCACCACCAGAGAACGCUGUCGGCCUUAUCCACCGGCAACGGAUCUACCCCCUCCUCCGCUCUGGCCAAAGGUAAAUCUAAAGAUAACCUCAUGACACAGUCGUCCAUCAUAUCGUCCUGAGGGUACGAGAGCACGCUGCUCUAGUUCUAAGUCAUUCAUCCUUCAGUCGCAAGGAAUCGAUCGCUCACACAGACACCCAUAAACACAAGCAUUGCAUAUUGUUCACACACAAUAUCAUACGCAGUUUUGCCAAAUAAAGAGAACCAACUCCAUAGGAUUUUCACCGUUUAGUCAGUCAAUGUUGCCCAUUUCUCUCUGUUGUUGUUGCACUCAAGUUGCAGAACUUUGUAAUCUCCUGGGCUUAACCUUUCACUAAGCGGUGGGUUUUGACCAGCUUAGAAUUCGUAGUAAAAGAAAUUGUGUAAACGAUCUAGUUAUUAUAGUUUAGUUGCGGUGGUAGGUUUUUCUUAUUGAGGAUCCCUGAUGGACGCCUUCCGAAGGGUCGGGUUCAUAACAACCAUGCUUACACUUGUUCUUCUAUUGGAACUAAAUUUUCAAUUUAACAUCGAGAAAUGAACUGCAUAUUACCCUGAAUUGAGCAAAGACUAAUGUUGAAUUUAUCCAAUCAGUUUCUCGGAAAUAAAUGCGCCUAAAACAGUUGAAGCUUAGAUUUUAAGUUUUUUCAUUAUUAAUUAUUUUAACAAUGUCUAAUUUAUGUUAUACUGUGUAUACCUUUUCUCAGUUCGCACACCAACGCAUUCUUUGAAGACCUAAGUUAUUUCCCAAAUAUCUAGCUACCAUUUAUUAUUAUUAGAAACUGAAGCUAAUUGAAUUUGAGAAUAAUAAACAUUUUAUUAUAAACGAGUA